GAAUUUUGUGCAAACUCAUCGACGCCAAGGGAAUACGAGCGCACCAAACCCCUCCACCACACCCGUCACACUCACCUCUCGUACAACGACGGCCGAGUCCUGUUCCAGCCCCUCUCUGCUGCUGCUCGUGCACAGACGAUGAUGGGCAUGUCGAACCCCCCUGCGCACCCCGUCUCACCCAUCCACGUCAACAAGGCUCUCCACCAACAAGGACCUCAGGCGCAGCAGAUGGGGCCAGACUUGCAGACGAACGAAUCGAUGCUCUCGCAAAUGGCGUCCAUGGGGCAGCCCUACUCGUCGGACCAAUACGGUGACUCUCAGCUAGAAGAAUUAUUGAGGAGCGGCAUUUCUGGAGUUUGA